AUGAUUAGAUAUCUUCGAGAAAAGAUUAUUGGUCGUCCAGCGGUAUUUUCUCUAGCCGGCGACCUACCAAUAGAUGAUCAUGCGCCUCCUAUAAAGAGGGCUAAUUCACAAGAUGGUUUAAAUGAUGUUGUAUUAAUAAGUACAACUUCAAAUGAUACAACAAAUCAGGUAGAAAAAGUUACUAUGACAAAUAAUCUUAUCAAUUCUGGACGUCGACCAAUACAAUCAUCAUCACCUAUUAUUAUUCCAAAAAAACCUCCUCGUUCGAAUACAUCAUCACAAAGUUCUUCAUCGUAUACAUCAGUUGCUGAUCAAAUGUCUUCAUUUGUUGAAUCAUUAAUACAAACAGAUGAUGUAUCAAAUUCAACAUUUCCAACAUUACCUUCAACAUGUCAACAAUUAGAACAUUCAGCAGCACGAGAUCGUAUUUCAGUGAAAAUUAAACGACAACAACCAAUUAAACAAAAAUUGAGUACACUUCGAGAAACUGAUGAUAAUGAAAGUGAUUUAUUUUCAUCGAAAACUGAAGCUAUAUCAUCAACACCGGAAGAGGAACAAUCAAUCAUUGCUACAACACGUAUCGAGCCAAAAAAACCACAACCAUUAAUUGAUCUAUCUGAUUUGGAUUCAGCUCGAGCACGUCUUCGUAUAUCAGUUCGUUCACGUGAUCGUUCAGCUGAUAAUAUACUUUUGGCAACUAAUCCUAAUCCUAAUAAUGAAAUAUCACCUACUCCAUCACCAAAUAUUUCAAAAUUUAAUAAUCCUAUGCAACGUUCUGUAAGUUUUAAACGUGUUCAAGAAAUUAAUGAUACAAAAUUAAUAAAUCGAUCAAUUUUAAAACAAAAAAAACAAGAAAAUAAUGAAAAUAUUUUAUUAACUAAUAAAUCUAUUGAAAGUAAUUCAACAUUAUUUGAUUAUUCAAUACAAAAUGAAAAUAUUGAUGAACAAACAAAUAUUAAUAAUUCAAGUCCAACGAAAUCAAUAUCACGUUCAUCAUCUCAAGAACAUAUUUAUGAUAAUUUAGAUGUAUUUAAACGUCCAAAACCAAAUAUAAUUCUAUCAUCAAAUGAUGAUGAAUCAUCAUCAUCAUCAUCAAUAAAUAUCGUUAAAACAAGAGAACAUCCAAUAUCAACAACACGUUUAAGACCAGUUACAAUGCAUGUUAUAUCUAAUAAUGAUAAACAAAUAACAAAUGAAUUUGAAAAUGUUUUUAAUCAAUUAAAAAAACGUGGUUCAAUUAGACGAAUUCGACCCAAUGAAGAAACAAUAACUGAAUCACUUCCAUCAUCUGAUCCUAUUGAAGAAAUUCAUGUACCUCUAUCUCCAUCUAUAAUAUCUGAGAAUGAAUCAACUGUAUCAACCAAUAAAACAAUCGAACCAAUCCAUACACCACCAACAUCAAAUCGACGUAAAACAGUUGUUGGUGUUCAUCUAUCAGCUAAUAAUAAAGUUGCUACUAAUGAUAAUAAACCAACACCAUCAUGGAUUGAUAUAGCCAAACAAAAACAAAACAAAUUUCAAUCGGUCUCGAAUGAAAAAAAACAUCAAGAUGAAUCUGAACAACAAUCAACUAUUGAAUCACCAGUUCUAAUUAGAAAACCGAUACCUUCUGCUGAUAUACGAUCGAAUCGAAAAUCAAUGUUUGAACAAACUACAACACAAACUAAUGCACAUGCUAUUGAACGAGAUUCAAUACGAGCAUUAAAAGCUGGCAAUCCAAAUCGUAUAAAUAAUUUAAUACAAUUUUUUGACAAAUAA